AGUCAAAAUUAGAAAUUUGGAUUUUAUUUCAUUAAUUUAUUUUAUUUUUUAAGUGAUUUUAUAGCUAUAUAAUACACUAUUGUAAAACCUUAAAACUCCAAAAAUGGAAGAACUCAGUUGCAAGGAAGAAAUACUCGACUUGAGUGACUUGGACCAUUCCGCCGCCGAAGAGUCGAAGGAAGUCGAUGAGAAACCCAAGACGAAAAAGCGGAGACGUAGAGAAAUAGAUAUGAUAAAACUAUCGGAUGAUGAUGACGACACAGAUGAUGAGUCCCUCCGCAAGAAGUUAAUAAACCGCUUGAGUCCAGCAUCCAACUCCCCGGCGUCACAUAGAGAGCCACGGACUUGUGUUUUAAAGGCAAGUCAAAAGCGGAGGCCACUGUCUCGUCUUCUGGAGCAGCUGCUGCGUAACCUGGAGAAGCGAGACCCCAACCAGUUCUUUGCGUGGCCGGUGAACGACAACUUUGCCCCAAACUACUCCAACAUCAUCAAGAAGCCCAUGGAUUUCUCCAGCAUGAAGCAGAAGAUUGAUGACAAUGAGUACCGCUCCCUCAACUGUUUCAUUAGUGACUUCAAGCUGAUGUGCAACAAUGCCAUGAAGUACAACAAGCCGGGCACGGUGUACCACAAGGCGGCGCGGAGACUCCUGCACCAGGGGCUCAAGCAGCUCACCCCGCACAAGCUGCGCCCGCUCGGGAACAUACUCACCUACAUGUACGAGAUACCCAUCAGGGAGCUUGGCUUCGAUAUCGGGAAGAUGGAUGUGCACAAGGUGCUGAAGCGGUCGAGCCCCAUCAAGAGCGGCGGGUCGGAGGCCGAGGCGGCCAGCGACGGCGGCGAGGCGCGCGAGGGCGGCGACCGGGUCAAGCUGAAGAUGGAACGGGCGAGAGAACAGCACAGGAGACGGUUGGCUAAGAAAGCGUUCCCGCGCAUGGACUCGACGGGGCGCACGACGCUGUGCGUGGCGACGCACACGGUGGAGGGCGGCGGCGACGACAAGCCGCUCACGCUGGGCGCCUGCCUGCCGCGCCUGCAGCACGGGACCGGCUCGCUGCACACGGUGCGCGAGGACCGUCGCAACCUCGUGAAGGGCGUGAGGCCGCUGCACUACGGGCCCUACAGCUCGUACGCACCGUCCUAUGAUGGAACCUUCGCUACACUGACUAAGGAGGAGUCGCAUCUGCUGUACCAUACGCUAGCGUCGGAGACGGGCGCGGGCCCCGAGUCCACCCUCCGCUUCGCCCCGGACUCCCCGUGGGCCGCGCUGUACGACAUGGACGCGCUGUUCCCAGACAAGAAGGUGGAAGAGGACCAGACACCGACAGUGAAGGAGGAUGACAUAUCCAAGGUCAAGGUCGACAUCGAGCAGCUCCGCUCCCUCUCAUCGCUCGGCAUCGACGUGGACUUCCUGAACGAGAUCGAGGAGGAGGUGGCGUCGUCGCAGCGCGACUACGGGCUGGGGGCGGCGCUGGCGCGAACUGCUGAGCUGCUGGCCAGCCUCGAGAAGCAACAGCGGGACCGGUUAUCCCAGCCGCCGCCACCCCACCUCUCCUUCAUCGCGCGGCCCGGGCCCGCCGAGCGCGACGCCGCGCGCGCCGCCGCCGCCGCGCUCCGACAGAUGGCGGCACGAGUGCAGCCGAAGCAUGUCGUGUCGGUGGCUAGCGUGAGGAAGGCUAUGGGCGUCACGCUCGAUCAUUUAGACACGCCUUUAUCAGUGGACGAGUUCGUGGAGGAGCCGGGCGAGGGCCGCGACGCCUCCGACCCGGACUCGCGCUGCAGCCUCGACAGCAAGGGCGACCGGCUCACGGCGCUGCACUGAUGGAGGGAGAUUCAGUAUUGCGAAUAGCGCACUUGUGUGUGCGGAUCCAGUAUUGCAGAUAACGCAAUUGUGUGUGGCAGAGAUUCUGUAUUACGAAUAGCAAAC